AUGAACGAUCAAUCAAUCAUCAAAAUCGGUGAAGGCGGCUAUGGCGAUGCAUUUCUCCUUAUUAAAUAUAAACCACCAUUGGUGAUGAAGGUCGUUGACGAGAUUCAAAAUCUUGAGAAACAAGAAGCAGAAAUGAGAAUUCUAAAAUCCUUGGUUCACGAGAAUAUUGUUCGAUUUAAAGAUCAGCCGCUCGAUUUCGUUUACGCUGGACCGGGUUUUCCAAUCUUUAUGGAAUUUUGCGGAGAGGGAUCGCUGAGGAAAGUAAUCACUGAUGUAAUCCUCAGCUACUCUAUGGCUUCCGUUGUGAAAUGGGGAAGAGAAAUCUUCAUCGUAUUAGAAUAUCUGCAAUCGAAAAGGAUCGUCCAUCGAGAUAUCAAGCCCGACAACAUUUUCCUCACUGAAGACUUUGACUUAAAAGUCGGAGAUUUCGGGGUGUUCGAGAAAUUUGACUCCAAUAAUCAAUUCUAUAAAUGUGAUGUUUAUGCGGCUGGCUUGGUGCUUUGGGAGAUGAUCAUGAGAAGGGAUUGGAAUAAAACGAAUGGGUACAUGGAAUUUCCCUCAGUAACAUCAGUGGAUGUUGCUGGACUCUUUGAGCUGAUCAAAAAUUGCUCAUCAGCUAACACAAACAUCAAUGACCGAUAUGAUGUUGAAGACGCUUUGAAUCAGUUGGAGAUUAUAAAGAAGUCCUUCUCUUCAUUGAUCGCGAAACCGGAAAGAAAAAGACAUCAAACCUUUCUCCUUGAUGUUGAAGAAAUCGGUUGUUUUGAUUGCUUAAAGGAAUAUAUUGGAUUAACCUACGUUUAUCUGUCUGAGCUUGGUAUUUUACUUGAGAUUAUGCAGCGGUUUUUGAGAGGAUGGCUAGAUGAAUUCACCUACACACUCGACGAUGUGGAUGAGAGUGAAUAUUGUAAAGCAAUGCGAACGGCUAUCGAAAACUUUUGGAAAACAAGAGAACUUUUA